UGGCACUAGAAAAACAAAUCCAACUGAACUAUUAUCAUAUCUGAGAUGCCAACAAAAUAUGCAAUCGAUAAAACCAGAUACUCCAAUGGCAUCAUAGUGAUCCCGUCAUCCAGUUUGCCACGUCAUCCUCUCCCGGAUACACUUAGAGUGUGGCACAGUUUUAGAUCCGACUUGUAAAAGCAUCUCAAAAAGCAUUAGAGCCACCGCAUUGAUAAUAACUAGCCAAAACAGCUAUACUUAAACAUUGUAUCAUCUUUUGACAAAAUUGGCUCGCUUUACUAAAAAACAACUGUGAAAAUCUAGGAAAAUAGUGGCAUUAUUGUAUCAAAUUAUGGACCGGACCUUACUAUUGUUGGCUACCAUGUUGGCGUGUUUAAGUGGAGGGGUUAGGGGAGAUAUCAAGUUCCCCAAAAACCAGAACACCAAUCACAGGUGGCCACCCCUCAUUUACAAGCACGAGGGGGGCAGAAUACCAGACGGUCAUCUCAGACCCUUCGGCUACCAGAAGAAGUCUGAAGGAAGGGCGAAGGAGUUCGACAAGCCACUGUCCCCCAAGGAAUUCCACGACACCUGUGUCAAGGCCAACAUCCCCUGUCUCUUCCAAGACUUGAUGAACGGAUCAGUGCCGAUGGAGAAUUGGGACGACAAGUCAAUUGAGGGGAGGAUGAGUAAGUUGAAUGUGAGUGUAGAGAGGUUCCUGGCAGACAAGGCAAAAGAGAAGACAAAGGUCACCUUCAGACACUUCAUCAGAAACUACCACCACAAGGAGAUGUUCAUCAGGAGCACAAUGCCGAAAGAGCUGGAGGAAGAUGUGCCAAUAUUGUCUAUGGUCAGUUGUGGUCCAGUACAGGAGGGCAUGGUUGAAGUGGUCCUAUGGGCCAGCAGUGGUUUCACUCCAUCCCGACUACACUACGAUGCAGAGUCACAACUGCACUGUCUCCUUACAGGCAGAAAGGACUUCGUACUCUAUGACCCCAAGCAUGCAGACAUAUUCAAACUACAGGAGACGUACAAGGGAUCUGGCACUGGGUUCUGUCCCUGGAAUCCAGAGAUACUCAGUGUUUAUGAGCACCCCAAACUGAGCAAGACUCCUUGGAAGUGGGCCACUCUCUGGGCAGGGGACUGUCUCUAUGUGCCUCAGGGGUACCUGCACCAGGUCAGGGCACAUGGCAGAUCCUGGAGCAUAGCAUACCACUGGAUUCACAGUGAUUUCGAUAAUUUCGAAGACUGUGAUGACCAACCUGAAGACAAGCGACUGAGUGACACUGAUAUCUUCUGGACAUACGAAGAAGGGGACAAGCGAAUCAGGGAAGACUUGAUUUCAGGGGAGAGCCUGAAAAAGUACCUGCAGUUGAUAGGCAGACAGUCUGGACAGGUCUCCUACUUGAAGUUCUAUCAUUUUGUGAUUGAGGCUAAUGAGAACUACAGAGACUUGGAUGAAGAUGGAGAUAUCGAGGACCCAACAGAGAUCAUUUCACCCCGAGAGAUGUUCGAAAAGAUAGCGCCCAGGGGCCAGGAGUUCAUCAAGGUCAAGGACUUAGCCAACGUCUCCCAGGCGGUGUGGGAAGAGUUAGCUCACUUGGUAACUCCCCCACACAGCCACGAGAUAGUCAGGGAUGAACUGUGAAAAGAGCAAAGACGGACGGCAUCGUCAUCGACUUAUUCUAUUGAUUGCAUAAUGUUCGAAAAGAGACUGAGGUUGCAUGAUGCGUCAUUCAGAUGAUGAUCAAGCAAAUGCUUGCCUAAAUAUGAAAAUGUAAAAAAUGUUAAAUUAUUUGAAAAUAUUAAUCUUUAAAUUUAAAAAUAUUAUUGCAUCUAUUUAUUUACGUGUA